GCCUUACUUUGUCCUCGUUAUUUCAAUUGAGAGCGCUGAGGGAGAGAGGAGAGGAGAGCGAGAGAGAUAGGUGUCUCGUGCGGGAUUGCACUCACAUUAUCCAGGCGCGAGGACGACUUUGCAAUUAAAAUCGAGCUUAUUUGUAUGUACUCGGUCCACAGAGAGAAGAAGAAGUGCCUGGACUGGAGAGAGAGAAGGGGGGAGGAAUUACCAAAACGCAACACGUAUCCGGUGGGAUCCCACUCCUGAGAGAGAGAAGCGGCAGGAGUUUGAGACCGAAGGGUGCGAGGAAGGAAAGCGAGAGAAGAAGAAGAGGGGGAAAGAUUCGCUCGUUAACAACGCGUUUUUGGUCGAUAAAGAGGAAUAAUGAGGAACAUUUGGAUAAUUUUGACCCUCGCGCUGACCGUCUUCCUCUCCGGGGAAAGGAUAGCAGAAGCAGCCAAGACUUCCUCUCAGGCUGAUGACUUGUACCUGGAUGACACAGGCUCAGGAGGAUACUACCCUGAAGAUGACGAUGACUUUAACUCAGGGUCCGGCUCGGGUGGAGGAGAAGAAGUGGUGGAGGAAACAGUGACUGUCAGUAUGGUUUAUAUUGAGCCCAAAGCAGCAGAACCCACCCAGGACUCCACCAAAGAUUUCACCCCCAGAGUGGAGACAGCCACGGUUAGAGAAAAGGCCAGAGACAUCACACCAAGGAAACCACUCAGAACAGAGGCACCUGUGCCAGUUACAGAGGACAUGCAGAGUAACCAGCUGACCAGUACGACUAGUGCUCCCGGCUCACCUCAGGAGGCUGUCGAGGUUCGCACUGAAAACCUCUUCCAGAGGACAGAGGUGUUGGCAGCUGUUAUCGCAGGCGGUGUCAUCGGCUUCCUGUUCGCCAUCUUCCUCAUCCUCCUCCUGGUGUACCGCAUGAGAAAGAAGGAUGAGGGCAGCUACGACCUGGGAGAGAGGAAACCCUCCGGAGCAGCCUACCAGAAGGCCCCAACCAAGGAGUUUUAUGCAUAAAAACCCCCGCCGCCCUCCUGUCAUCUGAACGACACAUCGUGAGAGACUGUAAAAAACAAAAUUCAAAAAAAUCUAAAAAAAACUACAGUCCAUGACAACAACAAAAACCUGUUCACACCCAACAAGGAAAUGUCUCUGAUUAAGGAAAAAUAGCAUAAAGGAAAGCUUUUGCAUAGAGUAUUGUAAUUAAGACCUUUUCUUUCUUUCUUUUUUUAAAAAAAAAAAUGAAAACCAAGCAUUUGUCAUUUUAAAGCAGAUCUCAGUGUAUUUAAACAUUUUGUGUAUUAUUUGAAAAGGCUGAAAAAUGAAAAAACAGGAUGUGUAAAGGCAAGGAAACUAAUCGCAUCUGUCUUCUGUCAAAGGAGCUGUUUUUAGUCGCUGACUACUUUUAACUGUAGCAGUCUGUUAUUUGUAAAGAAAAAAUUUAAAGUGGAAAUAAUUGAAUAUAAUUAUUCUGUAUCAAUCCUUCUUUCUUUUUUAUUUUGUCCUAGCAUGUCUGAUGUUGAUCGCUAAAAGGUGUAUAACAUUAAUUUAUCUUUUCUCUGAUGUUAAAAAAAUGCCUUUGUAGUUUUGAUGAAGCUCUUUUUGUCUUCAUAUUAACGCUGUUAACAGUCAAUGUAAAUGUUCUCCCUUCAGGUUACAAUGUUUAUUAUUUGCUCUCACAUCCGUUUUUUUGGGUCAAACGUGAGCGUUUCAUUUUGUCUUGUUUAUUGUUUGUUCUCUUCACAGGUUUUUUUUUUUGACAGCGUUUUAAUUUCAGGUCUUUAAAAGAUGAAAAUAAGCGUGUCAGGGCUCAAGAAAAGCAUAAAUCUCACUCUGUUUUAUGUCGUUAAUCUUUUUUAUUUAAACACAUUCUCGUUCACGUCUUGCACAUUCGCUGCUUUGCUUCCCACUACUUUGGGAUGUUUUCAAGCCCAUAAAUUCUCCCUUCCCUUGAGUUUACUGACAGCACCCAAACUUUUCUAACACCCUUCUCUCCCCCCUCUGUGUUUACCCUAACCUCCCUCACUCCCACCUCCUUUUUUAAUCAGAUUGGAGCUCCGCCAGUUCAGUUGUCAGCCCCCCGACCAGCCCCCCUUUUCGCUCUCUCUUUCGGCUGUAUGGAACCACCCGGGUAGCCUGGCAUUAUUGUCCGUGUCCUGGUGUUGAUCUGCAAACUAAAAAGCCUGGACACAAUCACACCAGACCAGGGCUGAAGCCCCCCAUAUGCAGAGCACAUACCUCUGCAGACACCCCCCUAGAAACCUACAGUCGUUUUCUUAGAGGGCUCCAUACACAGAAAAAUCUAGACUCCAGUGUUAUGAGGAAUAUUUCAAGUGGUCAGGACAGGCAUUUCGAAAGUAGUGAGAUUGUUUGCCAGGUUUAAAACCUUCAAAAGGCAUUGUUUUGAUGCCAUUUUGCAUCCCUAAAUGAGCAUAAAAGGCUAAAAAAAUGGCUCCAGUUACAAUAAAUAAAAACUUAAGUUAGAUCACAAGUUACUGUCCUCUUUUUUUAUAAAGAUAUAUCUACAUAAACCUGCUCUGAAGAGACACUAAAUUGUCAGGCAGGUUUAUUAAAUGCCUUUUUCAGUUGUAUUAUAGCGAGGUAGAAGCUGUCACAACACCACCUUCAUGAUGUCCCUCUUGUAUUAUUUCAGUCCCCCAUCUUUUACCCCUUCCUCUUUCGUCCUCUCUUGUCAUAGGACUUAAGGUACUGAACUAUACUGAAAAACCCAAAGACUCACAGUGUUUCUACUCCCACCACCCCCCUCUGCCAUGGCCACAUCAUGUUGUUUCCUUGUUUAUUUUCUCUUCACUCUUUUAGAUUUUUUCUCUUUCAAUUAGAGACCUGACCUUUGAGUCCAAUUGCUUAUUAGUAUAUGAAAAGAUAUAUAAAUAUAUAUAAAUGUAUAUUCACAAAUGUUUUAAACCUUCAAAGUGCCUACCAUUUGGAAAUGUACUUGCUCGCAGUGAGCAUGUGGCAGGUUUGUACACAAAAGAAAGGUGUAAACGACUUGACUGGCAUUCUGUGAGCAUGGAUGACUGUAAUGGUAACUUUUUUUUAGUCUUACAAAAGCUGACAGUAUUGUACCUAUAAGUUGAAACAACACUACUGAAUAAACAUUGUGGCCUAAUAUCCAAA